CUGAAAAGCUGUCGACAUGACCGGCAGAGGCAAGGGCGGCAAGGGACUCGGAAAGGGUGGCGCCAAGCGUCAUCGCAAGGUGUUGCGCGACAACAUCCAGGGCAUCACCAAGCCGGCCAUCCGUCGUCUGGCUCGUCGCGGUGGCGUCAAGCGCAUCAGCGGCCUCAUCUACGAAGAGACGCGCGGCGUUCUCAAGGUGUUUCUGGAGAACGUUAUCCGCGACGCCGUCACCUACACCGAGCACGCCAAGCGCAAGACCGUCACCGCCAUGGACGUUGUCUACGCUCUGAAGCGCCAGGGACGUACUCUGUACGGUUUCGGCGGCUAGACACCUCCAGCGGACGGCGCGGUAGCGGCCCAUUGGCAAACAGGCCUUUUUGAAGGCCAAAUAUCUCGUUCCGUCGACUGCGAUCACAUAGUGGACACAAAUGGCGCCAGCGCCGUUAGUGUUCGGCACGCCAUUGCUUUAUCGUCGUCGCCGUUAUCAUGUUCGCUUUUUGACGGCCUAUUUCGAUUGCCGUCAGCGCUGCGCAAUGGCGCGGAUCAACAAUGCAUAAAAAACAAAUGAGAGUAAAUAAGAUUCAAUAAGAAAUAGCGCAUGCCAGUGCCGGGCUUUGAAUCCCGGCCACGCUUCUCGUCUACGUUUUGCGCCAUGCCAGAGGCACUCUGGCGCCAGUGCCGUUCCUGUUCGGCACACUGCGCUGCUUUAUCGUCUCCGCCUUUUGACGGCCUAUUUCGAUUCUCGUCAGGGCUGUGCGAUGGCACGGAUCAACAAUACAUGAAAAUGAGAAUAAAUCAGA